AUGAGUGCCGCCAUCAAGAGAAAAUGCAGCUUCGCCACCCAGUCUGCGUGCGGCAGCAGCAUCAUCACGUCCGAGUGUAGCAGUAGCCCAUACAUCAUGCGAGUCACCACCAGGUCCGUGAGCACCGCCGGGUUCAUGAGCGUUGCCGUCACUGACUGUGCCAGUCACACCGCCAAGUCCGCGGGUGCCAUCACCAAGUCUGUGAUCAUCACCACCUCCACGUCUUCGCGCGUCGUCGCUGACAAGUCGGCGAGCGCCACGGCUACCAACUUCUGCGCGCGUCGUCACGGCCAAGUCCGCGCUCGUCGUCUAUGGCUAGUCCUGGAGCUCCGUCGCCGCCAUCAAGUUCGUGUGCACCCCGCCUGUGAGAACGGCACCACUGCCACGUCGGCGGGCUUCACCACCACGUCCACUAGUGCAUCCGAUCUCGCGAACAUCACGACGGGCACCACUAAGUCUGCUAGCCAACACACUUUCAGUCCUAUCGUCCAAACGGCUGUCGCCGUCUGGUCCAGGCGCAGCUAG